AUGUUUGCCGACAUACAAAAGACUCCAACAUCAGAUGAAAAUAUCCAGCAUAGAAUGGAAGAACUGAAAAAAAAUGUACACAAAUACAACAACCCUUUUUACUUACGAGCAUUUAACGUUCAAUCUUCGGAUGAACUCGGUGAAGAUAAAAGGUUAAAUUUCAAGAAAACAUAUAGAAAUGAAACAUUGUUUAAAGUUCAUUCAGAACCUAACCAAGAUGGAAACAAACCUACUUUUGUUUCUGCAGACGAUGGAACUACAAUGAGAUGGGGUCAUAAAGCUAACCCGGAUAGGUGGUUCAUAAACUUACAACCACAAUUCCAAGAAGUUGUAGACGCAAUGGAAGUCAAUGGUGAACAAGAUAUAGCUGGUAUUUUAAGCGCGGCUUUAAUGCCAUUGAAAGAUAUGAAACAUGCAGAUAUUUUGGACCAGUAUGAAAUGAACAUGGCUGAUGGAAAUAUAACACCUGACGUUCUAGAACAUUUAUCUCAAAGAACUACACAGAACCAUAGAGAUGGUAUAUUUGGUGAAGAGUUUAGAAAGAAAGUUAGGGAGGGAGAAGGAAGAGAACCUAUUGUACAUGACCUUGCAAACGAAAGUUUACAAAAUGUCAUAAAAACUUACUUUGCAGACAAUGAACCGAGAAGGGAUGAAUAUUUAAGAAAACUCAAAUGGACAGUACCAAAUGAAAUGUUAGUAUUGAAAAACAUGUUCCUUGACAAAAUAAAACCAACUACAGAAAUAAAUGACGAAAGACUGAAAGAUUGGGUAAAAGCUUUCCCAUUCACAAAAGAUAUAGUUGGUAACAUGGAAAGAAAACCAGAAUGGCUACAAAAACAUAUAUUUGGAAACGAGCAUAUUCCAUAUGGACAGGCACUGUUUGAAGAGCUUGAACCGGAAACUCAGGAAAGA